AUGAGGGAUGAUACAGCAGUUGUGCCUCACAAAGGCCCCAUGCUACAAAACAGUGAGUCCCCGAAAACGUUAAACGAAAAAAUGAAGGUAUUAACCACCAUAUUUUCUACACAUAAGUCUAUGUAUAUCGGCAGCAUGAAAGAGUUAUUCCUUUUGUACAGCAGUAACAUUGACAUAAAGAAAAAUGGUUUCACUUACGGAUCAAUAUCACUACAUAUGCAAUUUGACAAGCAUACAAGUAGUCAGGACAUUGCUAUGCUGAACACCGUAUUCUAUGCACGCACAGUAAACGAGGAAAAUCAGCAUGUUGAAAUAGCAGAUGCAGCAGAACUUAUUGAUUUAAACGUCGAUGAACUGUUAAGAGAAAACACACCUACAAGUGACCUUGAUAUUCCUUCGUUUGGAACAAGAAGCGGUAUUGUUACUUCGGAUGAUCCUAUCAAUGUGUACCAAGUCAUUAAGGACAGUCAACUCGACGCCACAAAGCUUUUUAUCACUCUAAAUAAGGAAGGCGAAGACAAGUUUUCCGUUACAAAGUUGGAUGACUUUCUGGGUGAAUGUUUAAAAGCUGCGCAGGAAGCCUUGGUGCAGGCAGACGCUUCGGAUAAAAAGAAAAAAAAAGCCGCAAAUUUGCAAAGUUCUGAUCAGGCUAAUGGAAGUCAGACUAGUGGAAGUCAGGCUAGUGGAAGUCAGGCGAGCAGUACCCAAAGGAACGCGCAGGAACCAAAAAAAAACAGAAAGACUUUAAUGGAUGAAUUCAAACAAAGCUUGGUCUCGAAAGACAUGGCAAAGUGUAAAGAGUCCGCCAAGUUGCUAAUGGCCAAUUCGACGGUAUCCAGUUUAAUGUAUCUGUUCGUACUAAUAGCACUAGGCAUCUGCUUGUUGUAG